GGCACUCCGAGGGCUCCGGCUCCGCGCCCCGUGCGCCGCUGGAAGAGGGACGAGAAAGAGGAGAGAAAGAAACUUGAGCCGGGCCGACGGCCCGCCCGGCACGGCGCGGCCCCGGCGGGCCCCAGCGUGUGGUGGUGGAGGCAGCCGGAGAGCGGGGCGGGAUGGACAAGUACGACGACCUGGGCCUGGAGGCCAGCAAGUUCAUCGAGGACCUCAACAUGUACGAGGCUUCCAAGGACGGGCUCUUUCGAGUGGACAGAGCGGCCGGCAACAACCCGGAGUUCGAGGAGACCCGGCGGGUCUUUGCCACCAAGAUGGCCAAGAUCCACCUCCAGCAGCAGCAGCAGGAGAUGCUGAUGGCCACCGCUUCCCUCAAUGGUGGGGCUGGCUUGGCUGCAUCCCGGCCCGGCCUGCCCGCUUCUCGCGGUGCUAAGCCACCCCUGGGUUCAGCCGCCGGCACCCUGCCCCAGGUGGCAGCUGAGGGCCCUAGCAGCGGGCGGCCGGGCACCUGCAGAGCCUUCCCUGUGCCUGGGGAGCCGCAAUCCCCCGGCUCCCAGGCUGUACGGCGAGGCUGGGAAGCAGAGCCCCGCGGAGACCCUCAGGAGAAUGGCGGUGAUGACCGGCGGGGCAGCCAGGGCCAGGAGCAGAAGCCAGCCGGGCAGAGGUCCUCCUCCUUCUCGCAGGUGCGCAGCCCUGCGGGUCCCUCGGAUGGGGCACCAGCAGCCACGCCGCAGCACAGGUCCUCCUUCUCAGCCUCUGCGGCACAGCCAAGCCCAGGUUUUUUGGCCCUCACUGAGCCCUGCGGGCCAAGAGCCGGUGUGGAUGGGCCAAGCACAGAUGGCGGCCAGCUGUGGUACCAGGGUGGCUCACGGCCCUUGCCACCCAGCUCUGCUCCUGGGGGCCCCAGUGUGGACUACCAGCAAGCUGGCAUCCACCCCAGUCUCUCCAGUCAUUUUGUGGCCCACGGCCACAACCACCGGCCCAACGGCGGCCCCGAGUUGGGUGCCUCACACCUGGCAGCAGCACGUGGGCCGCUGACUUCAGAUACGCCAAAGCAGCCUUUCAAGGAGGGCACAAGCAGCCUCUAUCCUGACGGCAGGCACCAGGAGGGCUGCGGCGUGGCCAAGGUGAAGUUGCCCUGCCAGACCCUCCAACAGCCAGAGCAGGGGCCGUCUGCAGCUGAGCUGAAGCUGGAAGCACUCACUCAGCGCCUGGAGCAGGAGAUGGAUGCGCGGCCCAAGGCUGACUACUUUGGAACCUGUGUGAAGUGCAGCAAAGGGGUGUAUGGAGCCAACCAGGCCUGCCAGGCCAUGGGCAACCUCUACCACGAUGGCUGCUUCACCUGUGGAGCCUGCAGUCGGAAGCUGAGAGGAAAAGCCUUUUAUUUCGUCAAUGGAAAGGUGUUCUGUGAGGAAGAUUUCCUGUACUCUGGUUUCCAGCAGUCAGCUGACAGGUGUUUCAUUUGUGGUCAUUUGAUAAUGGACAUGAUCCUGCAGGCUCUGGGGAAAUCGUAUCAUCCAGGCUGCUUCCGAUGUGUGGUCUGCAACGAGUGUCUGGAUGGUGUGCCAUUCACUGUAGACACUGAAAACAAAAUCUACUGUGUCCGAGAUUACCACAAAGUUCUAGCUCCAAAGUGUGCAGCAUGUGGGCUUCCCAUUCUGCCGUCUGAGGGGUCUGAUGAGACCAUUCGGGUUGUGUCUAUGGACAAGGAUUACCACGUGGAGUGUUAUCACUGUGAGGACUGUGGGAUGGAACUGAAUGACGAAGAUGGGCAUCGCUGUUACCCUCUGGAUGACCAUUUGCUUUGUCACUCCUGUCAUCUGAAACACAUAGAGAAUGGCACAACCCCAGCAGCUGUGUACCAGCGUCACUACUAGCCGACGUGGCUGACAGCUGGGAGCCCCGGCAGACCAUUUGUUGUGUGAUCACCCCCUGCCUACCCACCGUUGAUUUUCUGUGCAUGUUUUUCUCCAGUCGGCAAUUUUCCUGUGAAAGGAUAUGAGAGAGUAUUGCUGGAGUCACAGAGUCUGUAUGCAUUUGAGUUCCAGCUGUACCAAACUCUGUCUACUUGAUCAGGAAUGUGGCAUGUUGUCUGAACUGAUUGGUUUACUCUUACGUGCCUUUUUCUGCUUCUUGGAGAUUCCUUUGGGCUCAUUUUAGAAGAUUCUUCAGUGAAAGCACAACUUGCUAUCAAGCCAAUGAACUCAGAUCAUGCCAUGCACAGUUAAAAAGCGGGAGGCUGGCUUGCCUGCCUGCUGGGAAUGCUCCAUCAGUCUGCUGAGUGAUUCCUGACAAGAACAUUUCAUCACAUUCUCCAGAGGACAUCAUAUUAUUAAUACGAGGUUUUAGACACACUCUCUUAGUAAUACUUUAGAAAAUAAAGAAGUCUUUGCAAAAUAGUGUGCUAAGACCUCCCAGUGCAUCCCCUGAACUCUGGUAUAUCAAGUGUGGCUGUAAAAGCACCAACUCUCCAAGCACAGCCCAGGCGUGUUGGCUGUCAGUGGGAGACAAUAUCCCAUUUUGAACAGAACAAGAAACUGGAACAAGCUGGGCUAAGCUACUGUGAUGACUGGAUACGAGCUGCUGUAGAAUGUCACAGCAAUAUACAGGGACCCGUCUGCUUUGUCACAGUGCGAAUAGAGGAUUAUGUUUGGAAAAAUUGGGAUGCUGGUAGCAUGGAUGUGAGGGAAAUCCAUCCCUGUUCUUGCUUACAGAGCUCACUUUGGAAAAGAAGUUCUCCACGUACAGAUAUUUGCCUGAUGUUUUCAUGGUUUGUCCCCACAGCUCAGCCCCAGCCUGGCCACUCCUCAGUGUUUACCCAGCACAAAGCCAUUUUAUAGUGGUGCUUAUUUAGAGCUCUGGGAACAAGCUCAAGAUCAUUCUAAAGGCUUUGUUAUAGUGGGAUUUAGAGUCCAGCUCUACAACCUGUACUCGCAUCAGUCCAGCCACUGGUAUAAACAGAUUUGCUCACACGAAUAAUGUCAGCUUAUCUGAGUGAGGGACUGGGAGUUUGGCUCUUUUUUUCUAUUCUGUUGAAAAAGCAAAGGCUGACAGUGGCACUGAGACUCUAGAAAUGAGCUCUUGCUGAGAACUGGCUGUGGUUCAACCAUACAUCUUUUCCUAUAGCACAAAUGUAGCUAGACAUUCACACCGUGUCAUUGGAGCACCUUCAGUACUCAGCUGGAGUUGUACCUCUAGUGUUCAAAGUAGUCCUUCAGGGAAGCACAGCUGACUUGCCUUUUUAACUGUCAGGGGUAAAAGGCAAAAAAAGAGGGGUAAAACCUCUUUUUUCAACCACCACUGCAGGACAGAGGGCUCUGUCCUGUGAAGCCCUGACUGCAGGUUGCCUCACCUUCUCUCCACUCUGGCUCAUGGACCUCAGGCCUGGACGCAGGGUUGUCCUUUACCCCUGCCAUCAUGGGACUUUUCUCCCCAACAAUCAGCAGCUUGCCUUUUCCUCGCAGGCAUCUCAGCAGCCCUUUUGCUGUUGUGUCUGCCAGUGCUGAUAAAUACUGUGCUUCUCCAUUUGGAGUGGUGCAAGGUACUGUGCAAAGGAUUAAACAGAAGUACGAGCAUCUGCUUUAAUGUGGAGACUGGUAGCCUGCUAGCACCUCCUACACGUCUGCUUCAGUUUAUCUCCUCUAGGUUGAGGAGCUGGAAGAUCUUGGUGUGGACUUGCCUGGGGCUGGCCUUCUGUCCCACCCGGCUGGGAGCAUCUCUGCCCUUAGGGAUGCUUCUUGGGAUGCCAGCUGGGGGCAGCUGGGCUCUGUGGCUCCAUUCCUCCAGGGGACUUACAGCCCUUCAGUGAUGACUGAAAGCCCGUGGUGGAUAUGUCCCACUGCAGUGUGCAGAACAAGCCUUACCUGUGAUUUUAGAAGAGGUAGAAUUGAUCUGAAAUACAUGAGCUCCCUACAGCCUUCAA